AUGAGGACGACCCCUACGGCGGCGCUGGAGGUGGCCUUCGGCCUCCUCCCCCUCAACAUCGAUAUCACCGGCCAGGCAAAGCUAUCAGCGUACAGACUGAUCUACAUGGGCACCUGGAGGAGCACCGGGGCGGGCCAUACCGACCCGGGGCUCACCCAAAGGAGCCCAUUCUCACUCCAGCAGGACAAAAUACUUAGGAAAUUCCAGGUCGAGAAGUUCUUUAGAACAAUCAUCCGCUCACGAGAGGACUGGAGGCUAUCCCAGCCCACUACCUCUCCGAAAGUGGACGCCUGGUUCACUGAUGGAUCGGGGGCUGAUAAUAGGUCAAUCGGGGCCGGAGUCUUCAACCCAGCGACCGACACUAGACUCAGCUUACCCAUGGGCCUGGAGAGGAACACGACGGGCAAACACAUAAUAGUGCACUCGGACAGCAUGGCGGCCCUGAAGACCGUUACCAAACCAGAGGCUGUUUCGGCAAUUGUAUGGAAAUGCAUGCAAGCGCUGAACGAAGCGGAAAAAAAGAACAAGGUCACACUGACCUGGGUACCAGGUCACCAAGGUUUCUACGGAAACGAGGUGGCCGACGGGCUGACCAAAAGGGGUACGGAGACACUAUCUGCACACCAGGUGGUCGGAGUCCCCUUUGCCACUGGAAAGAAUAUCAUCCAAACCGGGCUAACACGCCAACACCUUCAUCUCUGGAAAACGAGAACAGGUUGCAGGCAAGCCAAACUUUGGAUGAAAGAACCCAACAUAGGCAGAACCAAGGAGCUGCUAGGCCUGGGGAGGGAAAGACUUCGCAUGGACAUUGCGUUACUAACGGGACACAUUGGCCUCAGGUCACACCUCCACACAAUGGGCCUAGCUGAGCACAGGGAAUGCAGGUUAUGUGGGGAAGAAGAGGAGAGCAGCGCACACAUCCUAUGUCGCUGCCCAACCUUGGCAAUCUACCGGUACAAAACCUGGGGGCGAAUGUUCGUCGAACCCGGAGAAGUAUCGAAUGUGAAAGUUACCCAAAUGUGCUACCUGGCUGAAAAAGCCGGGAUAAAUGCGCAUGGGUUGACUACCGAUUAA